CAAGCGAACCCAGCCAGAGAGCCACGCCAGUUCUGUUAGCACAACAUUCGCUUACUUAGCCAUUAGCCUGCCAUUGUUGUUUAUGUUAAAAUGUGGCAGCUACAGCAAGCGAGCGUUAAAAUGUAACGCUGUCCGACCACUUCUACAACCGGAGGGUCACAUUUGUAGCCCAGCAUGUGCUCCGUCGUUGGUUGUGAUUCGUGGCGACACAAUGUGCAGCGGUUCAGGCUACCAGAGGACCCAGAGAGGAGACUGGAGUGGGUCCUGUUUCUGUUCGAAGUCAACAAGCAGCGACUUAAAGAAUCGUCCUGGACUGAUAUCACUAUUUGCAGUGAACACUUCACAGAUGACUGCUUCGUGAGCUUGGCUCUGAGUGGCUCGGUGCAGCUGAAGCCCGGUGCUGUCCCCUCACUGUGGGUCAACACAGAGCCAGAGGAACCCGUGGAGAGCCCACAGGAUGAGGAACCUGUUGCCACCACAGAUGCAGAUAGUCAAUGUGAUGACCUAGAAUUAUGUAAGAGCUCUACUUGCUCCCCUGAAAUAACAGAACUCCCCUUGAGAGAUGCUCUCACUCCUGAAACUCCAGACAAAGAUUCAAACCAGGAAUUGGCUGCACUUCAGAACGACAAAUACAUGGUGAAUGAAAAUUGCCUCCUGAAGGUGUUUGGCCAAAAGUGCCCAACAUGUGGAGGAAAACUCCAGGCGGUGAAAGUAACCUAUGGGGAGCUCAUCAUCUUGAAACAACGAUGCCAUAAGUGCGAGUACAAAAACAAGCGGAAUAGUCAGGUCGGUGCCCCUCUCCCUGCCGCUGAAGAUGGAUGCCUAACAAGAGGCACAGAGGGAACUCCAGAGACCCAGCUGUCGGCGCUAAGAGACGACAGCGCCGCUGCAGCUUCGUCUGAGGCCGUCACUUUUAGCGAUGAAAAAAGCGAUCCUUCAGACGACGAAGAGGAAUGCAAUAGAGGUGGGAUGAGUUCAGAUGGGGACUGGAAUCCCACGGAGGAACUUUUGGUGGCUGACGAGCUCACAAAGGAGUCUGAGGAGGAAACCGAGGAUGAAGGCGAAGAGGAAGAUUUUGAAUCCCCGGGUGGCCUCGAAAUUAAUGAGCUCUGCACAGAGUGCGGACGUUUUUUCCUCUUCCUGAAGCCUCACACAUGCGAGCACAAAAUAAAACCCUACUCCUGCAAUAUCUGCGGGAAAAGGUGCGUUUCUGAGAUUGAGCUAAGAAAUCAUAGCAAAAUCCACGAUGAAACGUACGAGCAUCCUUGCAAGUAUUGCUAUGUCACCUUCAAAACCAGGGCGGACAAAUUUAGACACGAGCUGACCCACCAGGAUAAAAAAGAUCCCUUUAAAUGUCCCGACUGUCCAAAGACAUUCGCCACCAGUAAAGAACGCCGGAGCCACCUGGCAAAGCACAGAGUCUCGAGGGAGUUCAAAUGUGGAGUCUGUGGGAUUGAAUUCAAGGACAUACAUCAUCUCAGGAGGCACUCUGUUGUGCACACAGGGCUGAAACCGUACAAGUGUUCGGUGUGCCAGCGUGGCUUCAACCAGACGAGCCACCUGAAGUCCCACAUGCGCCUGCACACCGGGGAGCGGCCGUACAAGUGUCAGCUCUGUGACAAGUGCUUCAACCACAACGUGAGCUUGAAGAGUCACGUCCAACGUUACCACACGUCCAGCUCUGGACUUCAGCAGAUGGAUAAAAGGGCAAAUGAUGCUAAGGGGAACAAGAAAAAGAGAGAUGUGAACUCUGAGUAUGACAGUGUGAAAGUAAAACAGAAGGUUCAGAAGGAGAGAUCAAUGAAGCCGAAAACUAAAAGGAGAAGCACGGGCAGGUCUAGAGGAAGGCCGAGGAGAAGAGCAGCGGGGGAAAUUAAAGGCCAGUGUUCAAAGGCUAAAACGCCAAAAUCAAAGGUGCAGAAGUUAAAGAAAACAGGCUCCGGUGAUGAGGAGAGCGAAGACAAGCAGUCAGGUAGUGAUUUAUCCUUUGACUCGACAGAAGAGGAGGAGGAGGAAGAAGAAGAGGAGGAAGAGGAGACAAUGGGAAGGAGACCAAACGGUGACAGUGACUCUGAUUUUGACCCAGAAGUAGAAGCAAAGAAGAAGAGGUGCAGCAACCAGAAGACUGUUAAGAAACGGAGAGAAAGAUCAAAGAAGGGCCUAGUGGUCUGAAGUCUGUGUUUUUUUGUUGUUUUUUUUAAUGCUGUAAAAACAGAAGGAUCACACUACACAGCCUCUAUAACUCAGUACAUGCAUUAAAUCGUUGCUUAAUAGGAGAAAGGAAGUUCCACACUGUUGUUUGAUUUUUCAAAGCCUUUUUAUCUUGUUAACAGAUGUGGAGGUGAAUUGCAAACAGAUGGAAGCUGAUCGAACGUUGUGGCACUGCUUGCCUGAAGAAGAGCAAGUCAGUAUUUGUUCAGAAUCAAAAUGAAGCUAAUGUAAGAAUGAACUUCCAUCGUUUUUAUUUUUAUCACUACAUAGAGCCAGUUUCCAGUCUUAAAUUAGCUCUGCCACAACAUGUGGUUUUUAUUUUAUAAGAAAACCUUAUUUUAUUUAAUCUUUAAAUAUGAUAUGAGUUUACAUUUUGAAAAUGUAACAGAAAAUGCAGAAAACUCAAAAGCUUAAUCUGAGAGUCUACAGGCCUCAGUUAGGAUGUUAAAUGUUAAAGUUCAUGACGGUACGAUUAGAAAAAAGACUGAACAAGUGUGGGUUGUCUGGAAGGGAUGCAAGGAGAAAGCAUCAGAAUAAACAGCACGACUUCUGAAGCAAACAAGACCGAAGUGGAGAUGUUUGUCCAUAAUGCACAGCAUCAUGUUUGGUGAACCGGAAACACAGCACAUCAGCUCAAACACCCCAUACAAGUGUUAGUCACGGUGGUGGAGGCUGAUGAUUUGGGUUUGUUUUAGAGCUGGGCAGAUCAAUCUAAAUAUCUAUAGUAUUGACAUCAACGCUGGUACUGGAUCGAGACUAGCAUGAUAGUAUUGGUACUUUGUUUCUAUCCCCUAAGUUCAUUGCACUGUGAAAAAUGUCUGAACCUUUAUGUGAUAAUUGAGAUUUAAACAACAGAAGUUGACCCAAGUUUCAUCAUUCAUGAAAAGCUGAAUGGUUUGUUUGUUGUAUUAACUAAUUAUCAUGGAAAGUAAAAUCACAGUGAUUCAGUGUUCAUUAAAAUGUGUUCAGAAUUUGCAAAUUGAUGAUAAUUCAUGUCAAAAAUCAUGACACUCCCCUACACAGGCUGCCUUUUAUAAGUUCGGUGUCGGUAUCUGCAAUACUGGCCCUGUAGUUACCUCGUAUCAGAUCAUAGCAAAAUCUGCAAUAUUGCACAGCACUAGUUUGUUUUGCAACCACAGAAGCUGGACGCCUUGCAGUCAUUGAGUCAACUAUUAACUUCUCUGCAUAGCAGAUAUUCUAGAGUCAAAGGUGAGGCCAUCUGUCCAGCAGGUAAAGGUCACUGAAACUGAGUCAUGAAACAGGACAGCUAUCCCAAACACAGCAACAAAUCUACAGCAAUAUGGCUGUACCACAAAAAAA